AUGGCGGGCCCCAGCCUGCGGCCGCACGUGCACUGGGCGCAGCGGCACCGCGAGCUCUACCUGCGCGUGGAGCUGAGCGACGUGCAGCACCCGGACAUCGCCAUCACCGACAACGUGCUGCACUUCAAAGCUCAGGGGCAUGGUGCCAAAGGGGACAACAUCUACGAAUUUCAGAUUGAGUUCCUAGAACCGGUUGAGCCUAAACCUGUAUGCAGGGUGACUCAAAGGCAGCUGAACAUCACUGUGCAGAAAAAAGAGAGUAACUGGUGGGAGAGACUCACCAAGCAAGAGAAGCGCCCGCUCUUCCUAGCUCCUGACUUCGACCGCUGGUUAGAUGAAUCGGAUGCUGAAAUGGAACUGAAGGAGAAGGAAGAAGAAAAGAUUAACAAAAUGAAAAUAGAAUCCAGAGUCCCAAAAGACCCCUUCAAACACCUGAAGAAGGGAUACUUAAUCAUGUAUAAUCUUGUACAGUUUUUGGGAUUCUCUUGGAUUUUUGUGAACAUGACAGUACGACUGUUCAUCUUAGGAAAAGAUUCCUUCUAUGAUACAUUUCACACUAUUGCUGACAUGAUGUAUUUCUGUCAGACCCUGGCAUUAAUGGAGAUCAUCAAUUCCCUAAUAGGACUAGUCAGAUCACCGCUGAUACCUGCUGUAGUGCAGAUAUUUGGAAGAAACUUUAUUUUGUUUGUUGUCCUCGGAAGCUUAGAGGAAAUGCAGAGCAAACCUGUGGUGUUCUUCAUAUUUUAUUUCUGGAGUAUCAUUGAGGUGUUCAGGUAUCCAUAUUACAUGCUUUCAUGCAUCGGUAUUGAAUGGAAACCACUAACCUGGCUCCGUUACACUACCUGGAUCCCUCUCUACCCUCUAGGAGCCUUGGCAGAAGCCGUCUGUAUCAUUCAAUCCAUUCCAAUCUUCAGUGAAACAGGGAAGUUUAGUCUGGGAUUGCCAAAUCCACUGAACGUCACAAUCCAGUUUUCAUUUUUGCUUCAAAUAUACCUUAUAGCCUUGUUUUUAGGGGUAUUUGUAAACUUCCGUCAUCUCUACAAGCAAAGGAAACAGCACCUUGGACCAAAGAAGAGAAAGAUGAAGUAAAGGAGGACUGCAAUGCUUUCUUAUCUAACUUAUCUCAAUGACAAGAUAAGCCUCUAAUUCUUAUGGUUUUACCCACUGUAAUGUAAAGAAUUUUGUAAAAUUAAAUGAUCAUGCUAGAUUUCAUGAUUUCAUAGUGAAUUCAGGUAACAUUCCCAUAUACUGUAUUUUGUUCCCUUUCAAUCAAUUAUGCAUGGCAUUUACCAUUGAACAGUAACAUUUAAACUUGUAUCCUGUCGACUACCAUAUUAGAAAGAAAUCCUAUUAUCUGCAUAUAAUAUGCUUAUAAACAGUGGAGCAGCACUAAAUAGAAAUAGUGUUUAUCUUUUAAUUGGAUAUUUGCUCUUUCAAUAUUGCAUGCAGAUAGGGCUUCUGAUGCCGGGAUAUACUAUUAGCUGGCCCAUGCUGUUCCUAGGGUGCAUCUUGAUGGCAGGAGGAGCACAGUCUGGGACCACUGUGAACAGUGUUUGGGUGUCUAUUAACCGUUGGGGUAAACUUGCUCAGCACCCUCCCCCUGCCUUUUCUUCUGCAGCAUACUGAUGCUGCAGAAUUAAAACUGGAAGUAGCUAAUGCCGAUUUAAAUGCUACCAACUUAGUCUGUUUCUAGUUAAACUUAACAGAAUAGGAGCGCUGUGUGGAUCCUAGCAUUCCUGUAGCAACACAUCCAGUCAUUAGGGAAGGGAAGCUGCCAUUCUGCACCGUGGUCAGAAACGCUUUCCUGAUUGGUAAUGCAAGCACUGAAACAUAACAAAACAAGGAAGCAUAGGUACCAGCUUUCUCCUAGCAUGUGAACAAACCCCAGCAGAACUCCAUCCCACCCAUGCAAAGGGAAAACAUGGACCUGUCAUGGGAGACCGGGGCUCCUCUGAUCAUUCCUGGCAGGGCUGUAGCUCCUGUAUUUAUAGCCUUCAGAAAGGCAGUAAAGAUUACUUUUCUGCUUAAGCUUAGGGGUGCAGCUGAGAAUUUGGUGUAUAUGCUUUGUUGACUGGCCCCUGGUGGGAUGGAGUAGUGAGUCAAAUACACGGUGUAUUAUUUCGAUAGCAUGUAUCAAAUCUCGGCAAGGGAGAUCCCACACAGGGUUUGAAGGGACCCUUUCCUCUGUGCUUGCUUUAAACAACAGUAACAAAAAAAGAGAAGCACCCUCCAAGUUCCAGGUCAUCUACUCUCCCACCUGGAAACCUUUGUUUCAGUUGACUUAAUUUCAACAUGCUCUUCUUCACACCUAGCCUCCCGUAGUUAAUUCCAGAUUCCUCUGGCCUCCUUAAUCCAGUUUAGAAAAUGUACAAAAAGUUUGCUCUAAACCAGAUUGUGGUUAUCAACAGGUUGCUUCACAACAACUGCCACUGCCCCCAGGGCAAUGCAAAGCAAUGCCAGCAAUCCAGAACAGGCACUGAAGUUGAGAUUAGCUUAGUGCUAUGUUACUAUUUAUCUUUUCUACUCUAAAACAGUAUGAAUCCUCCAGAAAAUUAUUUUCUGUAUUAAAGGUAACAACCAGCUUACUGUUUGUGAUAUGGACCCAGUGAUUGUUACUGUAAAGGAAAGGAAAGAGUGUUAUAAGGAGAUUUUGACAAAGAACUGGUACAAGCUCCACGCUGCAUUUCACAAAUUGUGUUCUGUCAACAAGAGGCAUGAUGCAACCUCUCUUUAGGGAUACUUGAGACUCCCACUCAAAGGGGAGUGCAGCUUACUUUACUCAGGAGAGUUGAGCAUUAUUUACACACUUACUAUUUCACUUAGUACACACUGUACCUAUGUUUGAAGUAUGUCAAAGGAUUGAAUUAGCUGAGUAAUGGAACAGCAAGGAUCACUUUCAUACUUUAAUUUCUCCACUGGGCAUUUAAACUUCUGUUAUGAAAUCCAUAUGUAUUCAUACAUUGUAUUUCUCAGUGAAAUUGUGGUACCUAGUGUGAGCUGUCAUGGAUCUUACACUACUGAAUUUUAGUCCUUCAGAAAGAAUGUGUUUCUAUUAAUAAAGAUUUACAACCAAA